GUUAUUGAUUAUAGAAAUGCACAAUGCAAGUGCAGCCCACGCAGUGGGCGAGAGUCCAUUUUACCAGCUCACUUAAGGGUAGUGCCAGCAAUAUGACGUCUUCAUACACAGCGGGGUGACUACCUGCAUACAUAAAUCACAUCAACAAAAUUAUAAUCCUCUAAGAAUGACUAUUGGCUCGCCCCAACGUGGCUAGGCCUCAAGGGAGGGUGCUAAUUUGGAAGAGCCAAUUUGAGGCAUUCUUUGCAGAUGUCAAUGCAGUUGUUGUUGAUGUCUGUAAGCAAGAAAUCGGCCAACUGAUGUCAUAUUGCUGAGUAUAUCUUUAAACCUUUGUUAGUGAAAUUACUAGUACUAAUGAAAGCAAUAUUAUAAGACGUUUUAAGAAACUAAAUAUUCUACAGGCAUACAGCUUAUUACCCAAAAGGCUUGAGUCUCUCAUAAGCUCCACUUACCCUCGUAAGUCAUACAGGACACAGUCGUAGCUUGUAAGUGUUACUAGCUAUUAGCUUCUUGAACCAUCAUUCAGCAAUACGAGUUUAGGAGCUGCUCGAAAACCACUGCACCACAAUUUUUGAAAACUGCAAAUAUUAUAACAUUAUACACAUGGUUGUUGGUGUGUAUACACAUGGUUGUUGGGUGUGUGUGUGUGUGUGUGUGUGUGUGUGUGUGUGUACGUGCAUGCGUGAGUGUCUCAGAGCUGCAGGUGGCCUUUAAGGAGUUUGACUACGAUGGGGAUGGCUUCCUGCAUUACAAGGACGUGGCCGACUGUAUGAGGACCAUGGGAUACAUGCCCACUGAGAUGGAGCUCAUAGAGAUUAUACAGCAGAUCAAGAUGAAAUGGGGCGGUCACGUGGACUUUGAUGAUUUCUGUACUGAGCUGAUGGGCCCUAGGAUGCUGGCUGAGACGGCUCACAUGAUGGGGAUGAGGGAGGUACGCAGUGCUUUCAAACAGUUUGACAGCGACGGGGACGGGCGCAUCACCUUGGAGGAGCUGAAGGACAGCAUGAAGGCUCUGCUGGGCGAGAAGCUGAAGAAGGGGGAGCUGGAGGAGAUCCUCCAGGACAUUGACCUCAACAAGGACGGUGGGAUAGACUUCGACGAGUUUGUCAUGAUGCUGUCAUCGCGGUAGCCUGCCUCAUCCAUCAAGCAAACAAACUAACAACAUGCACUGGAUGAGGUCUGGAUCACCAAACAAGUGAUAUCAUUCUUAUGUGUCACUUCCCUGUAGUAUUGUGCAUAAUUUCUGUAUGAAAUGAUUUUGCAUAUUCAUCAGAUUUAGAUCUGAAUGCUUUUGUAGUGUAUAGAGAUAGAUUGUAAGAUAUCAAUUCAGGUCAAAUUGUUGCCUUUAUUGAUUUUUUUUACAAUAAAACUGGUUUAAGCAAUGCAGCAGAGGGCGAAGGGUGAGUUAUGAAACAAGACUAGUGUUUCAUAGCCGCUACAUAGCAGUGGUGAGUCUAUGUCGCCACCUUCUGGAAGCAUUCUGAACAACCAAUAGAACAGAUUGUAUGUUAUGGUAGAGUAGUGUGUAAUAAUGUGUUGUGUUAUGUAUUGUUUUAUUGUAUGUAAAUUGUGAUUGGAC